GCGUUUUGAGACCGGUUUGCCAUUUGUUGAGUUGAAUCGUAAUUGAAAGUGAAGCGCCCGCCUGGUCGUCGGUCGUCGUGAGGUGCCAAUCACAAGUGAAGCAGUAGGAAUUAAAAGAUGGAUAUCGGAGGCGCAUACGGUGGUGGUAAAGCGGGAGGUGCAUUCGAUCCAAUUGCAUUCGUACAACGUCCUACGGUUAUACUGCGCGCCGUUUGUUGGCUCUUCGCGAUCAUCGUGUUUGGCUGCGUCUCAUCCGAGGGCUGGCGGGAGGAAGCGAACGGUAAGGAGUAUUGCAUAAUUAAUCGCGAUGGAAACGCCUGCAACUAUGCGGUCGGUAUCGGCGUAAUCGCAUUCCUCGCCUCGAUGGGUUUCAUCGCCGGGGAGUACCUUUUCGAGCAGAUGUCCUCGGUAAAGACGAGGAAGCACUACGUCUUGGCUGAUCUUGGGUUCUCCGCUUUCUGGUCCUUCCUGUUUUUCAUCGGCUUCUGCUACCUCACAAAUCAGUGGGGUAAAGCGGACGAUCCACCGAACGGUGAGGGUGUGAACAAUGUGCAGGCUUCCAUCGUGUUCUCCUUCUUCUCGAUCUUCACCUGGGCCGGGUGUGCUUACUUUGCGUUCCUGCGCUUCAAAGCCGGCGUGGAUCCGUCCUUUUCCUCGACGUACGAAUCAGACCCAAGCGCGACCCAGCAGUACGCGGCGUAUCCUGCAUCGAACGAUAACGACCAGUUCCAGGAGGCACCGUUCUCUGGCCAACAGCAGCAACAACAACAGCGAGAUUACUCGCAGCCUACGUAUUAAAUAGGAGCGUCCUACGCUAACUGGAUGUCUUUGUUGUGUGACGGUGAUCGGUGGAGGCUUCUGUUCUUUUUAGGUAAUUUGUUAGAUAUCCAUCACGCAAAACUCUUCCGUAGCGAAUUUUUGUUAGAUGAGCGGGAAUGAAUAUAAAAAAAGGUAUUCUAUGGACCAUUCCAACUAAUAUUCGUAGCUGACAAAAUGUGUUGAAUAGUUUACAAAUUUACAUGCAGGCAAACGUUUGGACAUGAACGGUAACGAGCGGAACUAGCUUCGUUCUUAUCGAGAUAUGGUGCAGUAACGAUUGAUGUGCGGUUGGUUUAGUAACGAUACAUUUCAAUGCAUCUGUUUCGAGCAGAUUGCAACACAAUUUCUCGCUGUCAAGCACACUAUCGUGUGGUUUAGCGAACAAUUUUCGAAACAGAACAACAUCGAGCCUUCCGAAACCGGCUGAGAACGUAAAGAGUAGUAUGUUACCAAAGAGUAUUUGCAUCACACUGCAACGUGUUGCCAGUUUUUAGUGAUGUCGCAUUUAAAAAGCGUCCUCUGAUUGAUAGUACGCGUAAGGCAUAACGUGUGCAACGGAUGAUGGAUAACGGAACUAUCAUCUCGUUUGUUGCUCUUGUGUAGAAUUGGAACGGAAAACCCAACUCAACGAAAUUUUGACUUUCGUAUACUGAACACGAUGGAAUGGUCGAAAAGCGAACGUAGAGCAUACCUGGCAAAUGGGAGAUGGGUUGAAAAAAAAAGAACAACAUAAUGAACGUAACUGCAGCGUGUAGUAGCAAAUAGAAAGAGCGAUUAAAAAAUAUUCUUAUUGUUCGUGAUGAAUAAUGCUAAAAAGAUGGUGCAUCUCGGAGGGUAACGGAUCUCAUUGAGACAGCUCAGAAUAAAUAGUUUUGCAGUGAAUGCAGACGAAUUGGAUGUGACGCAAUGCAACCGUAUACAGUAUGUAAUUAAAAUUAAAAAAGAAAAAAAAACUAAUGCUUUCAACUGUCGGCGUAGAUGGUCACAGCGCAACGCGAUAGUAUUUAGUUAAUCAUUGUAAAGAAGAGUAUUUGUGGGGGAAAAGAAUAAACAAAUCUAUUUAUUACUUUUUAGCAUUGAUGAUCAAUCGGUAAUGCAUGGCAAAAAGUUUGGUAGAACAUUAAAAAAUUUGCUCUUGUUACACUAGAUACACAUUGCUUUUAUUUUUUUGGUUUUGGCAAGUUUGUUAGUGUGGCGUUUGCGAUGGAAAAGCUCUUUUGACUCACUGAACGAAGCAGUGCUAAUCGUAGCAGUAGCAGAUGCCUUUCUCAUGCAUAGCCUCUCGUUAUGCGAUAAUCAAAAGCUAACUGAACGACAUCACUCCCCGCCAAUGCUACUACUUUAUUCGGCAGAUAGAAUCAGUCAUAUCGAAUCGAUGUCUGGCCCACCUUCAUCAAAACAUUCAGGUACAAUCGAUUGCUUAGUACAGUUUACGUUGACGUUGAGAUUGAGUAUGUAUGCAAGCAUUUCAUGUGACGUGGGAAUGAAGUUGAUCAUGCGGAUUCGGAAGCAACCAUCGGAUCCUUUGUAAGGAUGGUCGCUAAAAACAGUAAAAUCAUUGUAAUCGAUAUGCUUCAGCAUCAGCAUGUGGAUAUGUCUUAUGAGAGCUGUUCCAUUUCAACAACAGAAAACAAAACCCACAAGUGAACGGAACAUAUUUGACAACGUUAUUAGCAAACCGGAUUCGUACAGAAUCAUUUGUAAGUUUGGAUUAGCAUCAUUGCGCUUCCUCUCCAGCAGGGACCCAGACCUGAUAAACUUUUGAAGGUACAUUUGGGGAGAAGGCAAAUAACUAUCCAAGCUCGUUCUGCAUGAUCGACACAAACACUCACCACACAAUGCGGCCGCAUUGCAAAAUAAAAGUAAACUAUUAUUGGUUAUUUACCAUGAUUAACAAACAAUAAAUACCAAAACUCAAACGGAUAAAAAUUGGAUACGAAAGACGCUUGGUAUCUACAAAAUGUGUGUUCUGUAGCAGGAAUGUAAUGCGAACAUUGCGUGGAUGCAAGUAAAUAAACAAAGCUCAUAACGAAAUAAAAGUCAGCUUAGAUGAACGGAAAAAAUAGUGUCCUAAGAUAACACAAGAGAGCGUAUAUUAUUAAGGCAAAAUCACAUUUAGAGCCAAUGUUACAUAACCGAUCUGACCGAAGCUCGGUUCCCGAAAAUCAUUCUGCGCCACAUAAACGUCACGUGAAAUCAGUUCAAUGCAAACACAAGCAACCAAAGUAAUGAACAAAAGAAAAAUCUUAAAUAAUGUUAUAAGUAUACAUCAUGCACUAUUUAUAUAUGAAUACAAAUUUCGCGAAACCGAAACCUAUAUCGAAAGAGAGAGAGAGAGAGAGAGAGAGAGGAGGAGGAGAAGAAAAAAAAAUUGAAGGACAAAGGACGAAGGACGAAAAUGGAGUAGUACAUCUCUCAUCACUUAACAGAAACAUUGACAAAUACUCAAUACGUUACCAUUUGAAAAGAGAGUAUAAAGGAAGAAACAAGAGAAAAAGAAAUACAAAAAAGAUCGAUAUAUUUACUUGCUGGUUGCAUUGUAGUGAGCAUUUGAUUCGUUGUUACAAAGUGUGCGAAACCUAUUGUAAAUAGAAACAAUAAGGGGGGUAAACGAUAAUUUAAACAAAAACGAAACAAACGAUAAAACUGGUUACUCCACAGUUGCGUCAGCAAAAAUUGCGAAAUAAACUCAGCAAUCGUGUGACCAACCUUUGCUAGCUUUGAUUUGAGUUGGUUUUCUGUCUAGCUAUUUAAUUGAAUGAACAAAAUUAGAGCAAUUAAUUCACUCCUUGACAUGUCCGUUUUAUGUCGUAGUCUGCGCUGGUAGACUCCUCUCGUUUGAAGGCAGAAACUAUACGACAGUUGUGUGCUGCACGCAUAAGAAGAAGGAUCGGCAGCUGUUGCUUGUUCGAUUCGUUUUAUACGUGGCUAAAUAACAAUAUAGAAGCAAACCGAAUUGUUUAUGAGCAAAACAAACAAUAAGCGUCAUUAGUUAUAGCUGUCCAACAAUUAGAAUUUAUUUUUUCAGUGAACGUUAAUGAUAAGACAACAUGAAUAAAAGUACAGUUGGAAUAAAUAUGGAACUUAUGUUAAUAAAUAAUGACACAUAUAAACGUA